AUGUCUUACGGAGGAGGAUACGGCGGUUCGCGCGGUGGCGGCGGACAUUCUAAUGGGUACGAUACAUAUGGCAGCCGCAAUAAUUACUCCAGUGGCUAUUCCAGCGGCGGUGGAUAUGGUGGCGGCGGUGGAGGCUACGGCGGUGGUGGUGGUGGUAAUGUCAACGGCUACUCUGGUGGUGGAUACGGAGGAGGCGGCGGCGGCGGAUUUGGUGGUGGAGCAGGCGGAGAUCGCAUGUCUAACCUGGGAGCCGGUCUUCACAAGCAGAGCUGGGAUCUCAACACCAUGCCAAAGUUCGAGAAGUCUUUCUACAAGGAGGACCCCCUAGUAACCGCUCGAUCGGAAGAAGACGUCGUUAAGUUCAGAAAGGAUCAUAACAUCACUGUUCACGGCACCGAGAUCCCACGACCUGUCGAGACUUUCGAUGAGGCUGGUUUCCCUGCCUAUGUCAUGAGCGAAGUUAAGGCCCAGGGUUUCCCAGCACCAACUGCCAUUCAAUCCCAAGGCUGGCCCAUGGCACUCUCUGGACGAGAUGUUGUCGGUAUCGCCGAGACCGGAUCCGGAAAGACAUUGACCUACUGUCUCCCAGCAAUCGUUCAUAUUAACGCACAGCCUCUCCUCGCCCCUGGAGAUGGUCCUAUUGUCUUGGUCUUGGCUCCAACUCGUGAGCUGGCUGUCCAGAUUCAGCAAGAGAUCACGAAGUUCGGGAAAUCGUCUCGAAUUCGCAAUACUUGUGUUUACGGUGGUGUCCCCAAAGGUGGACAAAUUCGAGACCUCGCCAAGGGUGUCGAGGUUUGUAUCGCCACUCCAGGUCGUCUCAUCGACAUGCUCGAGUCUGGAAAGACUAACCUUCGCCGUGUGACCUACCUCGUACUCGACGAGGCUGAUCGUAUGUUGGACAUGGGUUUCGAGCCUCAAAUUCGCAAGAUCCUUGGUCAAAUUCGACCCGACAGACAGACCUGCAUGUGGUCUGCUACCUGGCCUAAGGAAGUUCGCGCUCUUGCUUCCGACUACCUGAACGACUUCAUCCAAGUCAACAUUGGCUCCCUAGAGCUAUCUGCUAACCACAGGAUCACACAAGUUGUUGAGGUCGUUUCCGAGUUCGAGAAGCGUGAUAAGAUGACAAAGCACCUCGAGAAGAUCAUGGAGGAUAAGGACAACAAGAUCCUUAUCUUCACAGGAACCAAGCGUGUCGCUGACGAUAUUACACGUUUCCUUAGACAAGACGGAUGGCCUGCGCUUUCCAUCCACGGUGACAAGCAACAGAACGAGCGCGAUUGGGUUUUGAACGAGUUCAAGACCGGCAAGAGCCCCAUCAUGGUUGCCACUGACGUGGCUUCCCGUGGUAUUGACGUCCGGAACAUUACUCAUGUGUUCAACUAUGAUUAUCCCAAUAACUCCGAGGAUUAUAUCCAUCGUAUCGGUCGUACUGGCCGUGCUGGUGCCAAUGGUACUGCCAUUACGCUCUUCACCACUGACAAUCAAAAGCAGGCUCGUGAUCUCGUUGCAGUUCUCACUGAAGCAAAGCAGCAGAUUGAUCCACGACUUGCAGAGAUGGUUCGUUACGGAGGUGGCGGCGGUGGCGGCCGCUGGGGAGGCGGUGGAUACCGUGGAGGCCGCGGUGGUGGCCGUGGUGGUGGUGGUCGCUAUUAG